AUGGUCAACGCUGUAAUUUUCACUGAUUUUGACGGAACUGUGACGUGGCAGGACUCCAACGAUUUUCUCACAGACACCAAGGGAUUUGGUAAGGAGGAAAGAAGUAAGGUUUUUGAAGGAGUCCUGGAUGGCACGAAGUCCUUCAGAGAUGGCUUCUGGGACAUGCUGGAGUCGGUGAAGACGCCAUUCCCUGAGUGCGUCAAGCUCGUGGAGGAAAACAUUCAACUCGACCCUGGCUUCAAAGACACAUUUGAAUGGGCCCAAGAGAACGGCGUUCCUAUCGUGGUCAUCUCCAGUGGUAUGAGACCCCUGAUCAAGGCGCUGCUAGCGCGCCUGGUCGGCCCAGAAGCGAUCGAGAAGAUUGACAUUGUUUCCAACGAAGUUGAGAUCGACAGCGACGGACAAUGGAGAAUUGUUUACAAGGACGACUCCUCUUUUGGCCACGACAAGUCGAAGAGUAUCACUGCAUACAAGAAACAGUUCGAGGCCGCUGGCAAGAAGCCUACCUAUUUCUACUGUGGCGACGGGGUAUCCGACUUGAGCGCUGCUAAGGAGUGCGACUUGCUUUUCGCAAAGAGAGGCAAAGAUUUGGUUACCUACUGCAAGCGUGAACACGUCCCAUUCCACGAGUUCGAUACAUUCGAAGACAUUUUAAGCAGCAUGAAGGACGUGUUGGCCGGCAAAAAGACGGUUACCGAACUGAUGCAAAAUUGA